UAAUGGUUGUUUCAUUCCAGAAAGUCAUUUGCGUGCAUAUUGGUCUUCAUUUCCGUUUGUUUGUAUUUAUAUAAUUUUCUUGGUGAAAUAUCAGUUUGAACGAAUUCUGGUCCCGAACAAAUGGAAAUCAAUAUGGAAAAAGAAGAGAUUGAGUCGAGUGAUAGUGAAGAAUAUGAAAGCAACUUUGUAGAAAUUUCUGAAGAAACUAAAAAUGAUGCUGAGGCGCCAUUACCCAAAAAAUCAAAAGAGAAAUAUAUGACAACAUAUAACAAAUUUAUAGAAUGGAUGAAGACUAAACAAAUUGAGUUGAUAUCAGAAAAUAUUAUGUUAGAAUAUUUUUAUCAAUUAGGAAAAGAACUUAAACCAUCAACUUUAUGGGCAAUGUAUUCAAUGUUGAAAAAUACUAUUAACUCUCAUCAUAAUAUAAACAUUGGUGUUUAUACUAAAUUACUUUCAUAUUUAAAAGUACGUUCAAUAGGAUUUUCAAGCCAAAAGUCACAAGUCUUAAAAUCAGAACAAAUUAAGAAAUUUUUAGCUGAAGCUCCUGAUGAAAUUUAUUUAGCAAUGAAGGUUGCAUUAAUUUUUGGUGUUUCCGGAGCCUGCAAGAGAGACGAACUUUGUUAUUUGACUGUUGAUAACAUUGAAGAUAAAGAUUCUGUAUUAUUAGUAAGAAUACCAUCAAGGCGAAAUAAUCGACGAAGAUCAUUUUUUGUUGAAAAAAAAUGUUACGAAAUCGUUAAGAAAUAUAUGAGUUUAAGGCCAAAAGACGUAAAAACUCCUAGGUUUUUCCUUAAGUACAGCAAUGGAAGGUGUUAUCAGCAAGUUAUUGGAGUUAAUACAUUUAGCACUAUGCCUAAAAAAAUUGCAAAAUUUUUAAAACUCCCUAAUCCUGAAGCUUUUACUGGGCAUUGUUUUAAGCAUAGUAGAGUAGUACUCGAUGAUGACGAAGACGAUGAUGAAGAUUCUGAUUUUAUGGUUGUAACACAAGAUUAUGGAAGAAAAAGACCAAGAAAAAGUAGUACCGAAGAUUCUCCUUCAAAUAAAAAAAGUGCUUACCGACCGAUAAUGAAUUGUAUUAGUGAUGGAUCAUCUUGCAAUUUGGAUGUUGAUCCAUUAGCAAUGAAUUUUGAACAUUCAGGAACUUUGAACUCUUUACAUUUGGAAGAAAGUACAAAUUCUAUUAAUUUAGAAGAAAGUACAAGUUCUAUAAAUUUAGAAGACGGUACGAAUUCUAUUAAUGUAGAAAAAACAUCAAAUUCAUUCAAUUUAGAGGGAAAUAUAUUAAGAACCAAAAAUGGUACUCUUAUAUUCAAUAAUUGUUCUAAUAUAUCAAUAAUUAUUAACAAUAAGAAAGAUGAUUGAUUUUCGAUAUUUAUUUGUAUAUAUAUGAAUAUAUAUACAUAAAAAAUAAUUUUAUAUAGCU